AGCUAAUAAAGACCGGAAUCUUCAAGACGCUUUCGGAUACAGAAUCUAAAGAGUCUUCGCCGUAUAAAUUGGAUUCCAAAUCACUCAUGAUUAUUUCAGGAAUUUUCUUUGGGCCUGGUUAUAAAUAGUCAUGUUUUUCUCUCUUCUGACUCAAGUCAAUCAAGAAGCAGCCGGUCAGUCUCCUUGCCUCUUCCUCUUCUAUUCUAUUCAGCAGUUUCCUCUAGAUCUGCUUGCCUACAUGUCCCAUUCCCACUUUUCAACCACUCUAUAGUCUAUCCUCCUCCUCCUCGUUUCUCUCUCCCCAAAUCCAAUCUUCUCUUCUUCUUCUUAUAUCUUCUUCUGAGAGAAGAUUCAGGAGAUCAUCAGUAGUAGUAGUACUAGUUUUUUUUCUUUCUUUGUUUUGCUUUUUGAAUUAUGGAUUUGGUUGUUGAUGAUAAAAGAAUUAACAAAAUCAUCUAAAAAAAAUCGAAUUAGACGACGACGGCAGCGGCCGCGAUGGGAGGAGAGGUGGUUAUUGAAGGAGGUGCGGAAGCACAAUAUGUGAAUGCAAAGACAUCAGUAUGGUGGGAUAUAGAGAAUUGUCAUGUACCUAAAGGAUGUGAACCACAUGCGAUUGCACAGAAUAUAAGUUCUGCUCUUAUUAAGAUGAAUUAUUGUGGAGCGAUUUCUAUUUCUGCUUAUGGUGAUACUAAUCGGAUACCUAUGUCUGUUCAACAUGCUCUUUCCUCCACUGGAAUCACUCUCAAUCAUGUUCCUGCUGGUGUGAAGGAUGCUAGUGACAAAAAGAUUCUUGUAGAUAUGUUGUUUUGGGCGGUGGACAAUCCUGCACCCGCAAAUUACUUGUUGAUAUCCGGUGAUCGGGAUUUCUCGAAUGCGCUCCAUCAAUUACGUUUAAGGAGGUAUAAUAUUCUUAUAGCACAACCAAUGUGUGCGUCUGCACCACUUCUUGCUGCGGCAAAGAGUGUUUGGCUUUGGACAAGCCUUUUAGCAGGAGGACCCCCACUUAAAAGUGGGGAAGCAUCACAGUUGAUUAGUAAUGGGAAUAGCUUAGGGAACACGGAUACACACAAAAACAAUAGUUCUGAAGACCCCUUGCAGAUAAACGACCAUGUAGAUCAUUCAUCCGAAAACUUUUAUGCAGAAGACCAGAACUCUUUUAGGAAUGCUGGGGGUGUUGAUUACAAUAAAAAUAAAGGGAAACAAGUUAGGAGGAACCCUAGUCAGCCAAAUAUGUCUAGAACGUCUAGUGUCCCGGUUGGUGUACAGGAAGGUCACUAUAGUAAUGGAGGUUACCCCCAACGUGGAUAUCCACAGACAAAGCCACAUAAGGAAGCUCCUCAUGAGUUCUUCGGUGCUAAUAGGCCCAAAUCUUUUUCAAGUGGGUCUAUUCCCAAUGUCAGUCAACCUAAUUCCGUUCCAUCUCAUGGGUCUGUGCUCGGUUCCAAUCCAGCUAAUCCUGCUCCACAUGAGUUCUACAGUGGUGUCAAUAAUCCUAGACCCUUCAUGAAUGGGCCUAUUCCCAGUUUUAGUCAAGCUAAUCAUAAUCCUAUUUGGAAUAACGGGAGUAACUAUCCUAGCAGUCACCAGCAUCACUAUCCCCAACAACAAAGACUGAAUAACUUUCCGUAUCCUUCAAACUUUGGUCCCCCAAGUUUCCAUCCACAUGGUCCACAUCCAGUACCUCCUAGAACUAAUGUACACACCAUUCCUUCAGGUCCUCCUACAAAUAUUCCUGAAUUUAAAUUAAGUAUUUCUGAAAACCGCAACAAUACACAGUAUCGUCCCACUGGCAUCCAGCCAGAGCCAAAAUCACAUUCUAAGGUGGAUUCUGCAAACCCAAACAUGAAUGUACCACAUCUAUCUAUGGUGCAGAACACCUCCAGUCAAGCCUCUGCCCCCUCGUCUUCUACUGCGACUGCUAACAGCCCUCCGGAGAAUAACUCGUGCGGGGUUACAGGAAAGCGAGUGUUUUCGGAAUAUGAACAAGGUCUUGCAGGGAUUGUUAUACUUGCUUUGGCUACCUUAGAAACAGACAAGAUGCAACCAACUGAAAUGAAUAUAACUGAUUGUAUUCGCCAUGGUGAUCUUAAACACAGUAAUAUAGACGUUAAGAAAGCCCUAGAUUCUGCUAUUGAGCAAGAGGUGGUUGAAAAACAGACUGCUGGUGCCUCACAAUAUUAUGUUCCUAAAGGUAAGAAGGUCUGGGGAUGCAUGAAUCCCCUAGGUGGCAGUCUCAAACAGUACCCAAAACCUUUAUGGGACGGAAUCCAGAAAUUUCUUACAUCUCCUGACGGGCGGUCUAAAAUUAUGGCUACUCAAAGCAGGUAUGAAGCGGCCACUGUUCUAAAGAACGAGUGCUUGAAAGAUCUUGUUUUGGUUCAAAUUAUUCAAAUUCUGACUAUGUUAAUCAACGUCAAGAGGUGGAUUAUAACUCAUGCUUCUUCAGGUUGGCAGCCAGUUAGUAUCACUCUAAAAGAGAUCAGCACUGAUUCACAUCCCAAGACAGCUCAGGUAUCAUUAAAUUGGAAACCAGUUAAUAAUACCCCUAAAGGGACUAAUGGAGAAUCAACUCAAGUAUCAUUGAAUUGGCAGCCAGUUAAUACUACCCCUAAAGAGACUAACGGGGAACCAACUCAAGUAGCAUUGUGGCAGCCAGUUAAUAAUACCCCUAAAGAGACUAAUGAGGAAUCAACUCCCAAGAUUGGGGCUUGAUUCGGUUCGAUAUUAGUACUAGCAAGGGACCUUGGAAGCAAAACAAAUUACUACGGUACAUUUGACAUCUUAGGUGGGUCUCUUUGGAAAUUAAAUUUUAUAGUUUGUUUAGUCUAUUUUAAGUAGGAAGGAAUGUCGGAGCCGUCAUCGUCUUUAUGUGGUGAAGCAAGGGAGCAGGUAUGCUGCACGUUUCAAAUAUCUGAAAGGGUGAAAUGUUUUACAGAUAUUUUAGGUUACUUUGAACAGAGUAUACUUUACACAAGAAUGGAAAAGGUACAUUCUCCUUUGCACUAGAUAGUUCUCCAUUCUCGAAAUCUGAUCUAUCGACUUAUUUUAGGUCUGCAAAAAUGGGUUUUAGCCUGUAGUGCAGGAUUUUUUCAGAAUCAAGGACGUAUUAGAAUAAUUUGUCGGAAAAUAUGCUACUUAUUCAGUUUAUAAAGCAUCACGGAUACCUGUCUCACAAGGAACUAGUUUUAUCAUCAAAACCAAUCAAGCAAAGGAUAGCUCGUAAACUCUAUCCUGUAUAAUUUAUUAUCUUAGCAAGAUGCGUCACUGUGGGAAGAAGGUUUUUUUCCGGUAUUCAAAUUAUGUCACUACUAAGGGAAGAUGAUGUUUCGAAGUUCAUUGUGCCAGAGGGAUAAAGUAGGUAGCAUGACGAAUUGUUUCUGUUACCAAGGGAAGAAGGUUUGUUCUGGUAUUUUAUCUAAAGAGAAGAUGGUUUGAAGUUCAUGGAUUGUGCUGGACUCGGAGGAAGUAGGAAGGUGACAAACUAUUCUAAUCAUUGGGAUCUUUGAAAAUGGUGAUAAAAAAAGCAGUGCACAAGUGGCAUUGUCAACUGUCAUCUCAAGCGUUAUUAUUCGUGUAUGACUUGGCCAUUCUGAACCAAGAUUUUAUGUUUCUCUUGUUAUCGCUUUUAUAAUCCCACUUGCCGCCCAUACCUCGAUUGUCAUUGAUUGUUCAUUUCAAACAGGAAGCCUAUUGUCCCUAUGAAAUUGCAUUAUUUUUUUGAAUGGAAGGAAGUGAACCAGUGACCUCCAUCAAUAUAAUAAAGUGGUUUUGUGUUGUCACUUUCUUCGCAUCCACGUUGCCUGCGAAAGUGAACCAGAAUUAGAAUUAUUGAUUAUAUAGGAUCACUGUAUUAUCUUGUGUUGUAAUUCGAAAUGAAUAAAAUAAAUUAAAUCUUAUUUGAAU